AUGGAGGUCCACAGGAGGAGCCCCAGUCGCUCCUACCACCGCUCCCGCUCCUCUCGUGCCCGGCCCCACGCACAAGCCCUCGUCUCCUCUGACCAUUCAGCAGCAUCAGCAGCAGCAGCAUCCGGGCCUCUUUCUCUUUCUACUGCCGGUGCUAGCUCUGCAGACACUGCCUCUAUCGAUGGAACCUCCUACUCCUACUCCCGCUGCAGCACCGUCACCGCCGCUCAUCCCGUCUCCACCAAUUCCUCCUCACGCCCUCCCACGCCGCCGUCCCGCCCCUCCACCCCUCCCCCGUCCUCCUCCCCUCCCACCUCCUCACUCACUUCCAUGUUCCUCUCGCAUCUCUUCUCCUGGACCUCCCCCUCCCCCUCCCCCGCUACUUCCCCCAGUCUCUCCCCCGCCCCUUCCCCCGGGCCUUCCCCUGAACGCCCCCCUGAACGACCUAAGAGUUUGCUUACGGGUAGCCGCAGCAGCAACGGCAGGAGGGGCGGGGGGGAUGGGAGGGCAGCUGCUGCAGGGGCAGGGGGGAGGGCGGUGAGAGGGGGGGUUUGGGCAGCGGCAGGGGCUGGGGCAGGGGCAGGGGUGGGAGGGGGAGCGGGAGGGGGAGCGCGGGAGCUGAGUGGGUCUGGGGGGGUUCGGGAGGGAGAAAGGGAGGGGGCUGGUUGCGGUGGUUUCCUUGUAGAAGCACCAUCGCUGGCACCAUCCGAAGGGGCAGCAGCAGCAGCAGCAGCAGCAAGAGCAGCAGCAGCAGGAGGAGGAGGAGGAGGAGGAGGAGAGGAGGAGGAGGAGGAGGAGGAGGAGGAGGAGGAGGAGGAGGAGGAGGAGCAAUGA